AUUUUGAUUUUAGUCCAAAUUUUAUUAAAAGUUAAAAUUUUAAACUAAAUGAUAAUUCUGGGAUGGAUGAAAUAAUGCCCUAGAACUGAAAUUAAAAUAAGAAAACAUGUUUCACUAUUAGUUUUUUUAUUUUGUACUAAUAUAGUUUUAUUUUUGGGAACAGUUUUUUUAAUAUAGGUAGAUUAGAUAGAUAUGUCUAGCAAAAUUGGUCAUCAAAAAAAUGGACUUUAAACUCUUCUUCAGGUUUUACAGAAGAACGAACCUAAAACCCUGAAAUCAUGAGAAGGGUUCUCUCUCUUUACUCUCGUUCCCUCACCCAAUCUCAUUUCCUGAAUCUGAACCGCAAUGGUUUGAAUCUCAGAAAAAUCAGCGAAACCAGUUCUGGGUUUCCGCUUCUUCCUUCGCUCCGUUCCAAUGUCCGAUUUUUCUCCUCCUCUGGAGAUGACGACUCGUCCAGUCAAAAUCCUUACCCCAGCCCGAAUCCGGGACCGGAAUCCGAAGGGAUGCCUGCUAAAAAGGAAGUCAUGGCAGAUGUUGAAGACGUCAGCAACAAAGGUGAUUUCUGGACCUAGAUUAUCUGGGUUUUCAUUUGCUUACUUUAGCGAUGUUUCUGGUAAAUAUUGGAUCUUUGUAGAAGUAUAGAUUAAAGAGAAAUGUGAAAUGCGUAGUUGGGAUCAGUUCUCAGUGUAAUUAUCUGCUUUGGGGUAUUGAUUCUUGGUUGCUGUGGGUUGAGGAAAUUAUCUGAAAUUUGAUGAGAAUAAUAUUUACUUCGUAUCAAUGCUGUAAAAAAUGCCUUCCUAUAAUGAAAAUCAGUGAUAUAUAAGGUCUGUUGAGUGUUCUUGAGGUCAUCAGCUGUUUGGAUUGGGGCUGGUUGGUUAGUUUUCAAGAGGCAAGUUUUUUUAUUUAUAGGAGUAUAAUUUUCUCUGUUUUGUUUUCUUAUUGUUAGUUUUAGUUCCUUACCGGUUUAUUUCAAUGUACAUCACAUGUAUCUGAGGUUAUUUGUUUAUUUUAGUUGGUUGAGGAUCUUGAGAAUGUACUUACGAGAAUUUUUUGAUUUAUUGUUUUUUUUUUAAGCAUGGGAUACUGUGUUCUACUUGCAUCAGUUUAGUGAUGUUCAGAUUCUAUUUCUCAGAGCUGAAGCAGCGUUUGUAUAAGUAUUUUAAGGAAGGAGAUGAAGAGGCGCUUCCAUCAAUCUUUGAAGCAAUCUUACAGAGGAGUUUGACCGGAAAGCAUGAGCUGACCGAUGAUGAACUGGCAGAUGAUCUACGAAUCCAACCUUUGGAUGAUGUGGAUGACGAGGACUUUGAAAAUGAUUUUGAGGAUGGGCACAAGACCGAUGAAGAGAUAGAUGACUUAUAUAGUGCAAGAGAUAUUGUCACAAAGAAAAUGGCUACUGAUGAAUACUUCAAUAUGACUGACAAAAAAUGGGAUGAAAUGGUUAAAGAGGGAAUGGAGCACGGUUUUCUUAAGGAUACGAGAGAAUGUGAGGCAAUUUUAGAGGAUAUGAUGAACUGGGACAAAUUGCUACCAGAUGAGAUUAAAAAGAAGGUGGAAGCAAAGUUUGAUGAGAUAGCUGCUAGGAUUGAUACUGGUGAGCUUACGGAUGAACAGGGCUAUGCUUUGUUCAAAGAGUACGAGGACCAGAUGGUCAUUGAAUGCACUAAACUGAUGGAGGCCGAGGCUCCAAAGUUUGAUGAAACUGAUGUGCAUGAUAAGAAAAAUAAUUUGGAUGAUCCACCUGGUGAAGGUCCCAUUCUUAGGUGGCAAUCACGUUGUGUGUUUGCUCCUGGUGGUGAUGCGUGGCACCCCAAAAACCGAUUGGUGAAGCUCUCUGUUACUGUCAAGGAGCUUGGUUUGUCAAAGUAUCAGUUUCGCCGCCUCAGAGAAUUGGUUGGAAAGCGUUACGAUCCAGGCAGAGAUCAGCUUACAAUUACAAGUGAAAGGUUUGAGCACCGGGAAGAGAACAGAAAGGAUUGUCUCAGAACACUUUAUGCCUUGAUCGAGGAGUGUGGAAAGGCCAGGAAGCUGGUAGAGGAAGCUCGGACUUCAUAUUUAAAGGAGAGACUUCGGUCUAAUCCCCAUUUCAUGAAGCGGUUGAAUGGGAAGACUGCGAAAGGGGGAGAAUUGAGUCAAUAACAAACUCAUGGAAAUAGAUGGAACCAGCUUUGCUUAUGAUGACGACUAUACUACUUUUUGCUUUGGAAUUUUGUUGCAUACCAAUUGCAGAAUGUUUUGUAGUUAGGCUAGUUGAAGUUGAUUAAACAUUUGUUCCAGCCUCUUUCUGCCUUCGCUUUCUUAGGAUUUGCAGACAAAAUAAGUUAAUGAAAGAUAGGCAGACGUUCUGGACGGAAAGUCUUGGUCUAGUUCUCCUCACAAGGCACCCUUUUGCAGUUUCUUUUUGUUGCAUUGUGACUAACUUUUGAAGAUGUUGUUAUCAUCAAAUUAUCUCAAAAGUGAAAAUUCUCUCCCAUCUUUGCUUGGGAAUAUGUCUGAACAAUUGCUUUCUAGGUUUUGUGCGAU